UGUGGUCAGAGCGUCUGAUGACGUUUGUGUUGUUUUCUGCUCGUGCUCGGACUGCAGCGAUGCGCUUCACCCGAGUCUGUUUUUAUUUCCUAAACCCAUCGAUCACAAUAUCAUCGUGAUUUAUCCACCAAUAUCUGUUUUUGCUCAUCGAUGGUCGCACAAUGGCGAGCUCUUUCUCCAGACCUUCAGCUCGCGGAGGCACAGAGACGGAGCGUCUGCUGGCCCCCGUGAUGGGGUACGGCUCCGGCGAUCUGAACGGUGGGUGUCACGGCAGCCCUCCCGCCCUGGACGUGAGCGCCCCGGGGUCACAGCCGCGGGCCGAGGAAGAGGAGGAGGCCCUGAGGAGGAAGCUGAAGUACUUCUUCAUGAGCCCGUGUGAUAAAUACCACGCCAAAGGCCGCAAACCCUACAAACUGGCCCUUCAGCUGCUCAAGAUCAUCAUAGUCACUGUACAGCUGGUGCUGUUCGGUCUCAGUAAUCAGAUGGUGGUGGCGUUUAAGGAGGAGAACACAGACUCCUUCAGGCAUCUGUUCCUCAGAGACUAUGUGGAUGAUUCGGCCGAGCCGCUGUGUAUCCACACGCAGAGAGACGUCUAUGAUCACAUUGAGUAUGCCAUCGAGCAGGUACUGAGCCCUUUUGGUUUUGGAGACAAGUUUAUUUCUAUGAAUAGACUGCGGUACAAUGAUGCUACAUGUAUGAUAAAAAUUGCUGGUGGCCUUAGUGUCCCUGUUAAAGUUAACAGAGAAGAGGCUUUGCUGUGUUAUGGCAAAGCCUCCUCAGCCAAGGUAAAUUGGGGGAAAAGCAGUGCUCUAUGGUGUGGUCAGCUUGGCCAAGGUCCUGUACUUCCAGGUGGUUUGCAGUGGGAACCUCCUGAAGAUCUGGUGAGGAAAAUUCAACAGCAGCUGGUAGACUUUUUCUGGUCGGGACAGCACUGGCUAAAGGCACCUGUACUCUACCUGCCCAUUCGAGAAGGAGGACAAGGACUUGUUGACAUUAACUCCAGAAUUAAAGCCUUCAGACUUCAGACUGUUCAGAGACUUCUAUACGGGGAGGAUCAAUCAGAGUGCUUUUAUUCUCUGUGUCUGUUUUUUGUUGUUGUUGGUUUAGACUGUAUCGGAGUGAAUCCACCACCAGACCCCUCGAAUCCACCGCAAGACCACUACAAGAAAAAUGGUUUUCUGUCUCUCCUCAGGUUGAUUAAUGUGACUAUCCAGUUUCAGCUGAAGGCGAUAAACAUCCAGACGAUUAUCAAUAACGAGAUUCCCGACUGCUACACCUUCUCCAUCACCAUCCUGUUUGAUAAUAAGGCUCACAGUGGUAAAGUCAAGCUGAGUUUGCUCAACAAGGCGUCCAUUAAAGAGUGCAGUCACACUAAUGUGUCGGGACACGCGGACAGUUACGCGCGCGUGGCGUUCGAUGUGUUGGUGGCGGUGGUCUGCGGUCUGUCUCUGGUGUUGUGUGGACGCUCCAUCCUCAGAGGAAUCGUCCUGCAGCAUGAGUUUGUGUGUUAUUUCCGUCAGUCUCUGGGCCGGUCGGUGAGUUGGGGCGACCGUCUGGAGUUCAUCAACGGCUGGUAUCUGCUGCUCAUCAUCAGCGACGUUCUCACCAUCAUCGCCUCCUUCAUCAAGAUCGCCAUCGAGACCAAGAACCUGUCGUCGUAUGACGUCUGCAGUAUUUUGAUGGGAACCUCCACCCUGCUGGUGUGGGUCGGCGUUUUACGAUACUUUAGCUUCUUUCAGAAAUACAACAUUCUGAUCGUGACUCUACGAGCCGCGUUUCCAAGCGUGAUCCGUUUCUGCUCCUGCGCUGCUGCCAUUUACUUGGGCUACUGCUUCUGUGGCUGGAUCGUCCUGGGACCCUACCACGCUAAAUUCCGCUCUCUCUCUACGGUGUCAGAGUGUCUGUUUUCUCUCAUUAAUGGAGACGACAUGUUUGCCACGUUCUCGGAGCUGGAGCAGAGCGGGACGCUGGUGUGGGUGUUCAGUCAGGUCUAUCUCUACACCUUCAUCUCGCUCUUCAUCUACAUGGUGCUGUCGCUCUUCAUCGCGCUCAUCACCGGAGCCUACGACACCAUCACUCAACAAACCCAGGACGUCCCGCAGGUGUGUGAACUGCACCGGUUCAUCGCCGAAUGCACCGACACGCCGACCUCUGGUAACUUCCACAGCCCAGACCAGUCCACAUGCUCGCUCUUCUGCUGCUUCAACUAGAGAGACUGUGUGAAGGGGAUUCUGGGUAACACUUCAUUACUCUCACACACGGGAAAGAAGGGAACAUGCUCUUCUUUGUUUGUUUGUUUACAGGUUGUAGCUGCACUAAUAGAGCAUCUCAGCAUGCAGCUUUUAAAUGCGUUAUAAUUAAUGAGCUGAAUGUGUUUUGCGUAUUUAUGAGAAUCUCUGCUUUUGUGAUCAGAACUUGAUCCAGCUAAAGGGAAAUGUGCCAUCUAGAGGCCUGGAGGAGCCAAACACAUUUUUUUUGGAACGUGACCUGCACAUUUUCUUGACAGUUUUUGUGAGAGUCACCUGAUUAUUUUUAUUCCGUUCACAGCUGUGUAUUUUAUGAUUUUAGACUUUUUCUCAUUUUUAGAUAAUCUUUUUUUAAUACAGUUUUCUGUGUGUAUAUAUUACAUGUUCCUUACGUUUCACAUGCAUGCUAAGAUAUUAGUGCUUUGUCGGCAGAGGAGUGUCAUAUGGAUGAUAAUGUCACUAUUUCUUCUCUAGUCAGUGCUUUGUUUCAGAUGUUUCUCCACACGAGCGAGUAUGUAUGUGUGUGUGUGUGUGUGUGUUUAAAAGGAAGCAUAGCUUGCAGGUUUAUUUUGUCAUUAAUAUUAAUGUGGAUAGUGUAUCGUACCUGUCCCUGGGGCAUUUGCUCCUUUCAAACACUCACAUACACACACACACACACAUGUACACUGAUGUUUGAAAAGCCUUGGGCAUCUUGAGAGCUUUUCUCUGCAUUGACUCUGUCAGUCCAUCAGGGAGUUACUCGACUGACACAGAGAUGCUUUGAUGUUUUCUGAGUUUUUGCUUGAUGGUAAGCUAAUAUCUGUCUAUUAAUGCUUAGCUCAAUUAAUUACAAGUUAUUAGCUCGAUUAAUUCCGAGAAACCAUAAACAUGAGGGACCGAACACCAGCUGAAUGCAGGACUGAACGGGAAUGUUUCCAAUGCAUUAUUCUGAUUACUGUGUGUUAUUUAUGAGCUCUCUGUAUAUUAUAUUUAUGAUGUUAGUCAUGGACUUCCAGCUUGUGGCAGUUUAAUAUCAGAUCCGUUCAUGCUUGAUUUCAUCUAGUGCUCUGAAUCUGAGAGAAUCUGAUUAGAUUUGUCAUUUUGUGGUGAGGAGGACAGCGGCUUUGCUUUUAUGUAAUUGUUUCUUACCCAGAAUGCUUUUUUGGUGUAGUUUCAUGACGCAUUGAGUUUACUGCUGUUAUUUGGAAUAUGUUUUAAUGAGAUCUGUGAUUUAAAGUACUUGAAAUGCUGUUUUAUUUGAAUAUUUUAACUUAUUGUGUCUAACUGUAAGCUGAGAUGCAUUUGGUUUGUGUUUGUCAUAAAUGGCAUUCUUUUUUUUUUCUUUUUUUUAACAAAGGGAAUAUUUGUUUUUUUUACAAUGCACAAUUUUGCACUUUUUUAAGUUGGUAAUUUAUUUGGAGAGACUACUCUGAAUGUGUAUUUGUGGUUUUGUGUACGAGUUACUCUCCGUUAAAAUGGUUGAUACGAAUGCUGUUCAUUAUAAUCAUAAAUACACACACAUUUUAACACGAAUCUCAGCUCUUAAAGUCACAAAUAAAAUGCAUCUGUGAUUGUCAACAUCAAA